AUGGACCUGGAUCUAUCCAUGGAAGAGAUCCUAAACCUCUCGCUUACAAAGUUGGAAAAGGAAAGUCAACUACAUCAAGAAGAACUUCAAAGCCUUCAUAAAGUUAAACUCGAUUUAGAGGAGAAAGGGGAUGGUAAUGAAGAUACUGUAAUGAUCCACUUGGGAGCUGAGUAUUGGAUGGAGAAGUCAAAGGAUGAUGCCCUACGGUUUCUUGAUCGUCGAAUCAAUAAGUUGCAAAGCACUUUAAAUCUGAUGAGAAAGAACUUGAAGACUGGAGGAGAAACUCUUAAAAAUUUGCAAAGUUUGAUUGAACUCAGCUCAAAAGAGUCGAAAAAUGCAGUUACAGAUGACCUACCGAUAAUGGAUAUUCAAGAGGAAAUUGACGAGGAUGGAAAUGUGAUUAGUGUGACUUUGAAUAAUGAAAAGAUAGAACAAGAAGCUGCUUCAAUUGGGUCAAAUUUGGACGGAAUUCAGUCCUUGCCUCAUGGCGACGCCCAGGACACAAGCAAAACCAAACAGUUGAACAACGAAAAACCAUACGGUGAAGAUAUUGCUACUUCUGAGUUCGAGAGUAUAGAGUCGAAAAACGCAACUAAAGCCACUCGUCAACAAGAGUCGGGGAUGAAUCUGGGCUUCACAGAGGAUCAAGCUCACAAUGAUGAAGUAAACUCACAAAUACAAGAACUUAUCGAUGACAUGGAACUUUUGGACUUUAAGGAACAAAGUAAUAGCCUCCACAAAGUUGUUGAGUUAAUUGAGAAAACAGAUAUCAGUGCCGAGCACAUGGAAGCAUUAAAACUGGUUGUUAACAGUGGUUCAAAUGGAGAAAGCAGAGGUGCAAAUUCAACUCAACAAGGACAGCAAGAUCAUCAAAAGCAUCAAGGCCAACAUGAAAAACCAGAACAACAAGAACAACAAGAGCAACAACAUUUACAAGGACAUCAAGAACAAGAAGGACAACAACAACAAUCCCGCAGAGGGUUAGAAAAUCAGCAAAUCUAUGAGUUAGAAUUGAUUGCAAGCGAGUUUGAAGAGAAUGAUGGCUCAAUUGAAGACGAGGAGUUGGAAUUCGACUUUGACAGUGCUGACGAAAAUAUGACCACGAGCGAAGAGGAAGACCCAGCAGAUGAUUUAUUGUACAACGGAGGUUUUUCUCUUUUGCCUAAAGAUUCUGUCCUACAAAACCGCCUUUGGGCAGAUAUCCAGUCUCUAAGAGAACAAGGACGGGAUGCUCAUGAGCACGAAUUUCAAAACAAAGAGACUCUAAUUAAAGAGAUUUCAAACAAAGAGAUUCAAAGCACUAAAGUACCUAAAUCUGUACGCUUCAGCGAGAAGCUUGAUAUCAGGGAGAUCGAAGAUGUCAGCGAAUCCUUAGCAAAGGUGGAACAUCAUAAACAGUCCAUUCUGAAAUUCAAGGAGAAUAGAAUUCUUGCUGCAUCUAAUUCUGAGGUCAAACGUAAUAACACAGACAAAGCCAUUUUUGAGACAAGCUACAAUGCUAUACCGCCAUCUGAGAUUAAAUCUAUUCAUUCAGGCGAACAUGAGGAAAUCACUGUCACUCAAGAUAUCUUUGAACGCGAAGGUCCCGUGUCUGAUGUCGUAAUUGAGCAUGAAAGCCCUGUGGCUGAUCUUGUGGUUGAGCAUGAAAGCCCUGUGGCUGAUCUUGUGGUUGAGCAUGAAAGCCCUGUGGCUGAUCUUGUGGUUGAGCAUGAAAGCCCUAUGGUUGAUCCUGUGGUUGAGCGUGAAAGCCCUAUGGUUCAUCUUGUGGUUGAGCGUGAAAACCCUAUGGUUGACACAAUUUUUGAGCGCGAUAAUGUCGUGAAUGAUAAUGCCAUAGAACAUGAAAGGUCAAUGACAGAAGGUAUUGCAGAAUGCAGUGAUACCGCAACGGAAAAGGAAUUGUUAGAAACAGAGGGCUGUACCGUGAACGAGAGUGGCUCUUCGGAAAAGGUCUCAUUCAUCAAAGACAUAGCUUCUGCUGAUGGGGGUCAGGGCACUUUCAAUAGAAGAGAAGCAGGUAGCAUCGAAGGUGAUGAGCAGGAAUUUGAGAAUCUCAGAAGCAAAUUAAUAAAGGACGAAAGGAAGCAAAAGAGAUCGAAGUUUAAACAAAUGAUGAUACAGAAUCCGUCAAGACAGUUCAAGCCCCUAAAUGAUGUCGAGAUAAUCAAACCACCUCAAGAAAUACGUCUGUCCGAAGAGACACGAGAUGAUAUUAUGAAGACCAUCAACUCAAUACAAAACAUUGAAGAAAGAGAACGGGAUGAAAAUGCCAUUGAAGGAAUGAAUAGUCAUAACACUCAAGUGGAAGAAGAAGUGAGCGUUCAGGAUGAGUCGAACACUAAAAAAGACGUUGAAGUCAAACAAUUGAAUAUUGAUACCAGCCAGUUACAGGAUGAUAUGGAUAGCAUGGUUCAGGCUUAUAAUGUUGGUAUGUUUGAUGAUGAUAUGGAAGUCCUGGGACCAAUAGUAGAUAAAAUAGAAGAUUUUGAGAAAUUGAAUCGAAUUGUUGAGCUGAUGUCCAAAGGAGAAAAGUCCAUGGAAAAUAAACCUUUAAAACCAAAGAAGAAAGAUGCGGAUUCCACCUUUGAUGAGACUUUAAAUGCAAUUGAACCUCAUGGAUAUGGCGUUGAAAGUGAUGAGGACGAUGAUGACCAAAUUUUGAGUGAAUUCAUAGUGGAGAAUGAUGGAGAUUUCUCUGACGAGUCUGUCGAUUUCUUCGGAAACGAUUUAAUCCAACAAUCUGUAAUUGAUGAAGAGGUAGUGGUGAACUAUCAUCGAAUGAGAGAAAGGAUUACAGCGAAUAUCUCAAGUUCCGCAGAUCCAGAGUUGGAGCCAAUUGAUGAUGUUGCAAAGAGUAGCAUCUUCAAAGCCCGAAGAGUUGAAUUGAUGAACAUGAAAACAGGCUUGGAGUAA